UAUUUCUCUUAUUUAUUUGAUUUUGUAUCCUCCACGGCGGCGUGGAAACCCUAAACCCCAGAUUCAGCUUCCGUCAAUCUCCAAUGGAGCCCGAAGCCAAGACAGAACCUCCACCUUUCGUAUACGAUGCUCUUCCUCCACUUUGUCUCUCAGAUUCGAAUCUGUCUCCAGCAACGCACGACGAAUCUCACAACUAUUCUGUUUUCCGCAACGAGAUUUCUGAUUUAACCGAAAACACAACGCCGGUGGAGUCAGAAACUGUCGAUUUCUUCUCACUCGACGUCGACGCCGGGGAGAAUGAGAAGGGCGACGAGUUUGUUACGCCGGUUGUGACCUCGAAGAAGAGCAGAAAGAGGAGGAAAGAGAAAGAAGCUGAAGAGCCCAGAUUAGAGACUAACUGGUUUAACGAGAACAGCUGUUCUAAGAUCCCAAUGCUUCAACUGCAUAAAGAGAUUGUAGAUUUUGGCGAGUUUCUCUUACCAACUCAAGAAGAGAAAGCACAGCGUGAUGCAGCUAUGGAUAAUGUUAGAAGUGUCAUUCAAUAUAUCUGGCCUGAUUGCAAGGUAGAAGUUUUCGGAUCAUACAAGACGGGACUUUAUCUUCCAACAAGUGAUAUCGAUGUUGUGAUUCUGGAGUCAGGUAUCACAAAUCCUCAACUAGGUCUGAAAGCACUCUCCAGAGCAUUGGCACAAAGAGGGAUUGCUAAGAAUAUUCAGGUGAUUGCUAAGGCUCGUGUACCAAUUAUCAAGUUUGUCGAGAAGAAAAGCAAUAUUUCAUUUGAUCUAAGUUUUGAUAUGGAGAAUGGACCAAAGGCAGCUGAGUUUAUACAGGAUGCUGUAUUGAAGUUGCCUCCUCUACGACCAUUGUGUCUAAUUCUGAAAGUAUUUCUACAGCAGAGGGAACUCAAUGAGGUGUACAGUGGUGGAAUUGGUUCAUAUGCACUUCUAGCAAUGCUCAUCGCAUUUCUUAAGUACCUCAAAGAUGGCCGGAGCCCACCAGAGCAUAACUUGGGAGUGCUGUUGGUUAAAUUCUUUGAUUUUUACGGGCGAAAAUUGAACACCGCAGAUGUCGGUGUAUCUUGCAGGAAAGGGGGUUCUUUCUUUUCAAAGAGUAACAAAGGUUUCCUGAACCAAGCCCGGCCAGGGCUCAUCUCUAUUGAGGAUCCACAGACACCAGAGAAUGACAUUGGCAAAAGCUCAUUCAACUACUUUCAGAUCCGAUCAGCGUUUGCAAUGGCCUUGUCUACUUUAACAAACACGAAAGCUAUUCUUGCUUUAGGACCGAACCGAAGCAUUCUCGGCACAAUAAUCAGACCAGACCGGAUUCUGUUAGAGCGCAAAGGUGGGAAAAACGGGGAUGUCACUUUCAACAGCUUGCUUCCCGGAGCAGGAGAGCCGUUGCCAAUGUCUGCUAACGGCAAAAGCAAUGGAGGGCUUUUCUGCAAUUGGCAACUGGAAGAAGACGAGGAAGGCUCGUUCCCUAGAGGGGAUACUGUGAAUGGAGACAAGACUCCUGUACUAGUUGAUACUCCUGGUAAGUCAACUAGGAAAGAGUCUUCUCGGAAGAAGAAGAGUACUAGCAAGAAGAAGAAGAUGGUGGAUGAUAAUAAAGAUGAUGAAGAAGAACCAAGUUCGAAGAAAAGAAAACGGAAGAAUAAGUCUUGAAGCAUGAAACGGUAGCGUCUAACUCCGGCCAUGCUGAAAUCAGCUUUGGUGGCAGUUGGAACCAGAGGAGGCCUCAGUCUUUCAGUGUAAAUUAUAAUUUGGUAAAAACAGAUCUAAUGCUGUUGUAACAAAUUAAAAAUUUACCAUCAGUUUUGAGUAGGUUCGAAAUUUCUGUAAUGUUAUUGAACUUUUUUAACUUAAAUUUUUACAAUAUUGUUCCGUUAAAGUUUUUUGUUGGUCAGUUUUGACUUUUGAGUAGGUUCUAAAUAUACAUAUAAUGUUAUUUAACUUUUCA